AUGGUAUUGACUACCGAUACCAAAUUUUCAGAAAUUUAUGAUAUUAUUAAAGGUGAUUCAGUGCAAGGUGAAUCAGUUUUAAUUUUAGUUGCAAGAGAUUGUGAUUCAAUAGCAGCCUGUAAAAUAUUAACAGAAAUUUUAAAAUCAGAUUUAAUAGCAUAUAAUAUUAAAGCAGUAUCAGGAUAUGAAGAUUUAGAGAAUGUAAAUUCAACACUUUUAGAGAAUGAAGAGAUUAAAUCUAUUAUAAUGAUCAAUUGUGGUGGUAAUAUUGAUAUAACAAAUGUAUUUACAAAUUUAAAUGAUCAACAAGUUGCAUAUAUCAUUGAUAGUCAUAGACCAUACUCUAUCAAUAAUAUUACCAAUGAAUCAUCUGUACUCAUCAUUGAUGAUGGUACUUAUAUUGAACAAGAUGAAUUACAACAAUUAUCUGAUGAUAGUGAAGAAGAGGAAGAGGAAUUAGAGGAAGAAGAAGCUGAAGAAGAUGUUGUUGAAGAUGAAGCAGAAGAAGCUGAAGAAGCAGAAGAAGCAGAAGAAGCAGAAGAAGCUGAGUUUGAUCCAGAAAAUGAAGAUAAUCCAGAAAAUGAUGAAGAUGAUGGUGGUAGUGAAAAUAUUGAUGAAAAUGAAAGAAAGAGUAAAAAAAAGAAUAAAAAAGAUAAAAAAAGUAAAAGAAAACAUAGAAAGAAAAAGAAGAAAAAGAGUGAAAAACUUGAAAAAACUUAUUAUGGAAAGAGUGCAGCAGUUUCAAUGUAUUCAUUAAGUACAUUUUUAAAUAAACAAAAUUUAGAUGAUCUAUUAUGGUAUGCAGUAUUGGGUUUAACAGAUCAAUUCAUUCAUGAAAAGAUUACAUUAGACUCUUAUGAACAACAAUAUAAAAAUUUUAAAGAAUUAAUUUUAAAUAAUUAUCCAACCGAUGGCGAUGAUGACCAAGAAGAAAGAUAUAGGCCAGGUAAUGACGAGGAUGAUUAUGACGAAAAUGGGGAUUUAAAGAGACAUCCAUCGUCAAUGUUCUUGCAUGGCGAUAAGAUUAUACCAAGUGACGAUUUCAGAUUCAUGCUUUACAGACAUUGGAAUCUUUACGAAUCAUUAUUCAACUCGCGUUAUGUUGCAUGCAAACUCAGGGUCUGGAAAGCCAAAGGCAGGUUCCAGCUCGAGUCGUUAUUCGCAAUGAUGGGCAUACCGUUGGACCAGGUGAAGCAAAAGUACAACUCGAUGAAUGUCCAUUACAAGAAACAGUUGAAACAACUACUCGCUAUCAACGGCCCAAAGUUUGGUUUGGUGAAUUUAUAUUUCAAUAGUUUUCUUAAAAAGUAUUCAAACAAUUCAGAAAUAUCAGCGUCAGAUACAGUUUAUGCAGUGACCGCGUUAAUGGAGUCUGAUAAUUUAGAAUCGGAUCAAUCGGAUCAAGACAUUUGGGAACAAAAUUUUUGGGAAGCUUAUGACUCAAUCUCAAAUAAAAAUAUUGAUCUAUUAAAGAUUGGUUUAAAACAAUCGAUUCAAUUACAAAAGGAAAUCACUCGUCAAGUAACUUCAAUGAUUGAAAAACGUAGUGUUAUCUUGUCUGGUCCAUUCAGAUAUGCAUUCAUCACAGAAUCUUCAGAUUUAAAAUAUUUCAUUCAUCCAUUGGCACUAACUAAAUUAGGUUUAUUCAUGAUGGAUGCUUUCAUUUCAAUGGGUAAAGCUAAAAGACCUUUCUUAAUUGGUGCUUUAAAUGAAAAUAAAAAUUCUUAUUUAAUUGUUGGUAUUUCUGGUUCACAUAGUACUGAUAUUCAAUCAAAUACAUUUGGUGAAUAUUUUAGAAAAUCAGCUGAAUAUACAGAUGCAACAUUUAAAUAUCAAUCAUUUGAUACAUCAAUUGUUGAAGUUUCAAAAACAGAUUUACAUAAAUUUGUAGAACAUCUUCAUGGUACAAUGCAAACAACUCAAAUUUCUAAAUAA